AUUCAAAUUUUGUUAGGAAUUAGAAUCAUAUAUUGACGAAAGUUUGCAUAUGAAUCAAAGUUGUGGGUCGAUUUGAGGUCCCCAAGUUAGAGAAUAUCAGGGGAUUUCUCGGUUUUCAUGCUCUUUGAGUGGACUGCUGAAGUCGAUUCCUAAAAUGGCGUCCAGAAUGUCUGGUUUUUCAGGCAUUCAGCCCGAGAAUGUGCUAAUGGACGUGGUACAGAGGCUAUUACCUCUGCCCUCUUCAUGUCCCGAGCUUCUUGAUGUUCUUGCACACAUGGAUCAAAAUUUAUCCUUGGUGAACCAAAUGCCAUCGGAAUCAAUGAAGUAUGCAAUGCAUCCAAUAGCUGAGGCACUGAUUGCUAAAGAUCUAGUGAAACAUCAUGAUAUGGAUGUGAACAUCUCAGUUGUAUCUUGUAUCUGUGAGAUUUUGAGAAUUAUGGCACCAGAUCCCCCUUACAAUGACAAUCAACUGAAGGAUUUUUUUGAACUGACAACAAUGACAUUUGAGAAACUAUCUUCUUCAUCUGGUGGAUGCUAUACUAGGAUGACUAAAGUUCUCAAAAUAUUUAGGAAAGCCAAAUUUCCAUUGUUGAUGUUGGACCUGAAGAUAGACAAACUAGUAGUUCAACUAUUCAUACAAUUUCUGACAGUUGCUGACUUCAAUCCCCCUGUUGUUGUACUUGAGAUGGAGAUGAUUAUGAGCAUGAUCAUGAAGGAAGGUGAUGCACCCAUGGCCGAGCUUGUAGAACUCCUAGUUAUGAGUGUGAGAAAUUCUAAUCAGAUUGAUUUGCCUGUUUGUUGGCAACUUGGGGAAAAAGUUGUUAAGAACUGUGUUGCUCAACUCAAAUCACAUGUCCCGGAUUUCAUACGCAAAAUGGGGAUUCCUCUUCAAGAUUAUUCUAAAAUGGUUGCUCAAAUUUGCAAUGGCAUCCACUUUGAAGAUGAAAAGAAAACCCUCUUAAUUUCCAAUGAUCCAAUAAUGUCAUCCAAGUCAAAAACAGGGGUGAAGGGAAAACGUAAGAGGAAGUGCACUUCUUCAAAGAAAAAGGCAUCGCCAUUAGAGGUUUCGUCUUCUGAAUCUUGCAUAAUUUGUGUCAAAGGCUACAAGGUGAAGAGCAACAUUGCACCGAUUCUUGAAUCCAUUUUCAUGAAACACGGUGACAUAGCAGCUGAAUGUUUAUUCAAAACAGCUUCCGUAAGGGAAUCUUUCCUAGAAGUUAUUUGUGAAAUUGUCACACAACUUCAAAACAAUGAUGAAAAAACCAUAAUUUCCAAGAUGGAAGAAAUAGAGCGCCAGGUGUCAGAGGCAGAGGCAGCCAACAUUCAUGUCUCGUGGCUUCGAUCUUACUUGGAAGCCUUUCGCAGAAGGAAUGAAUCCAUGGAAAUAAAAGCAAAAACAUGGAUGCUUAAAAAAGCUGCUGAAAUGGAGGUGAGAGAGAGACGUGCAGAGCUCAUGGCUGCACAACAACGGUUUGAAAAGUGCAUGAAAGUACUCGAUCUUGUAGAAAAGAAUCUUAAUCACAAUAUCUUGGAUUCUAAAACCGAAUUAUAGCAUGCUAUGAUGUUUAGAUGAUAGAAUAUCCACAAGGCUCGCAUCCUUAUUUUGUGAAACUAAGGUCGGACUCGGACUCUUUUUGUUAGGGUUAAGUUUUGUGUAUAUAGGCUUCUGAAAAUACCUGGAUUUGUUUAGCUUGCUCUAAACCUCCAUUUUGAAAUACUUGGGUCUUGUUUAUAGAAAUUGAGGCUUUCUUAA